AUGAGGUAAGCGACUCAGCCUUUCAAAGAUUUUGGAGAAUUCUCAAUGCUGUUGCAGAGAGGCGACUGGACGAAUCUAGGCUAUCCCGCACAAGUCCUCGUAGGAGUUUGCAGGGAUGGAUCUGUCGCAAAGACGAAUCGGAUUCUUAAUACUCACUAGACUUGAGGACACCCAGUAGACAGAAAUUCCGAUAAAAGUGAUAUCCCCCGAGGUCGCAAAUUUCAAACCAAUUAAAAACUGCGCUGUCAGCAGGCAAAGCUGGGUGUGCGUAAGUUUUCCUUCCCCGUCAGUGUGGUCAACCAUGGAAUGUCUUGCCGGCAGAUAUUGAGAUACGGGCAACGAGGGAAAGUUUUAAAAGUAACAUUGACAUAUUUGUGUACCGAAAUGAACUAGAGCGGCGACAGACCGGUUCAAACCCUGAGACUCAUACACAAUUCGUCACACUAUCGUGGGCCCAUUUGAGAUAUUUCAGCAUACAUGUUUCCUUUAUGCACUGCACCCAAUCUUACGUUGCAAAUAGGGUACUUAAAGACUCACGCAUAUUUUCCUCAGUAAACUGAACUGAACUGAAUAUAUGUUUCGAACGCUCGAUUAAGAAGCUCUUUGUCAAAGUUAAGGAAGAAUGUUCUGAUUUCUCCCAGGAUACACAUAGCCUUCUUUGUUAUCUUGGCCUAUUGAAACUAAGGUUUGAGAGAAGGCGUCAUCCAUACACCUCGGUUCCUCAACUUGUUUACUGGCUUGACCUUGGGACUUCCGAUGAAACACUGAUAUUCAAACUUCAUCAUCUUUCUGCGACUAGACCGCAGACUAGAUCGGAUGACUUGAUAUUUGCAUCUCCCUCUUUAUUCCUGGACUAGCCUUCUCCCCACCCCCGGCGUGUGCUUUCCCAAUCUGCUUCACAGCAUACCAUCUGCUCUCUUAGGUUCACUGAAAAACAUUUCAUGUACCAGUCUAACUCUAAUGCCAUCUACGUCGCUUAAUAAUUCUAGCAUCUUCUUCUGUGUUUGCUUGCUUUGGUUCGACCACUGGUAUCUUAAAGUAGACCAUCUUCAAUUCUUCUGUAUUAUUUAUUGCUAGCCCACUUGUUUAAGUACGUCAGUGUUUCGGUCCUAUAUAUUGGAUUGUGGCGCACUUCUGGUUGAUUGUUAGUUGUGAGUAGUGCCGGGGCGUCCACCCACAAAAGGUUAUUGCAAAUACAGUGGUGCAUUCGAAAGAGCAUUUUUUUGUUGUCGCUGCCGCCAUAGUCUAGUGUUCUUUGUACUCUUCUUUUGAAUAUUUUAGUCGAUGCUUUCCUUAGUUGAAGAUUUAUCGACAGAGACAUUCGGUUUUUUUGCGAUGGUAGCCUGAGAAUUAGUUCCGUUUUACCACACGGUUGGGUGACUUCACGUGCCCAUUAAAUCGUUUCUCCAUAGCAUUUCCGGUAACUAUCAGUAGGAAAUGCGACUUGGUCCGCCGGCCUGGGCACAUGAAUGAUUCAGCUAGUGUUCUCGUAUGUGAAAUUUGUAGUUAGCCUUCUUUUGGGUGUACUACGUUAUGCCGGAUCUUCGCCUCUUCCUAAUCAUUAGGAGGCUCCGACCCAUUCUCAGACAUCUACAAUUUUCAUCUUGCAGCAUGAAUUCAUGAAAGAACGUUUGCCAUUUUGUACCUUUACUCGGAGGCGGUUUUUACCGAAGCGCCCUGUUUAUUUCGUGCGACGGGGUUUAUGUUAGUGUUAUGCACUGGAUACCCAUUUUAAGCUCGUUAAGUGAUGCGCGCCCCACCGAUUUUCCGUUCGCCAAUCUCGGACGAGGACGGUAAAGGUGUUAGUGGAAACCCACCAUGACCAAAAGUAAAUCGUUAAAGCUUUGUUCCGGGAGUCUGUGACUCCGCUUUGGCGCAGUAUCAAGACUAACUGUUCGUUCUGUAUCCUGUUUAGAACAAAAAUGCAUUUUGAAUUUUAAAAGACUAUUGAAAUCGUUUCUGCUCGGCUCUAGAGUUACUUGUGUUCACCAAAGUCGUGGUCAGAAGCAGCUCCACGGUCGCUCUGGUGCGGUAUUACACUUGUUCAUUUCUCGUACUUGCUAUCGAUCAGCGACCAAAGCUUGCCACUUGCUAUCCUUUUCGUCAGCAGAGCUACUUUGCCAUUCUUCAUCGCGUGCACCGUGAAGUGCGACUUACGGCAUCAUAAUAUUUUCUUUUAACAGGCAAAAUAUGUCGAAAUGCGAUCCGUUCCGCUCAAAAAACGAAUUCAAAGUCAAGAAGCAGAAACGUUCCCAAGGUUCGUCCCAUUACAGACCAAAGGCGCCGACUGAAUUAACCCCGCUACCCCUUCUCAAGGGUAUAUCCGCUUGCAUUAUAAUUUGAAAUAUCAGAUGCACCACCGAAUGAACAACAGGAUCUUUUCAUCAAAAAAUUGCAGCAGUGCUGUGUUGUUUUUGACUUUUCGGACUCUCUAUCUGACAUUCACAGCAAAGAAAUAAAGCGUUCCUGUUUAAAUGAGCUUGUGGAAUAUGUUACAGUAUCUCGAGGUGUAUUGAAUGAAAAUACUUAUCAAGACAUCAUCCGAAUGGUAUGUGUGCCAGUCACUUCUAAUUAGGUCACGGAAAUUCAGAUCGCGUGUAAUAUUUUCCGCACCCUCCCUCCUUCAGACAAUCCGGAUUUCGAUCCUGAGGAAGACGACCCAGUUCUAGACUCUGCUUGGCCCCAUCUUCUGGUAACUCGCGAGUUUUUCCGCUCAGUUACAAUAUUCAGUUCGUUUAUGAAUUCUUCCUGCACGUCCUUGAAUCAUCAGAAUUCCAGCCAACGAUUGCCAAAAAAUAUAUUGAUCACAAGUUUGUCCUGCAGGUACUUUUGCCAAUGAUAAUUUUUAUUGGUUGUAUCAGCUGUUAGAGCUGUUCGAUAGCGAAGACCCUCGUGAGCGCGAUUUGCUCAAAACAGUUGUUCACCGUAUUUACGGCAAAUUCCUUGGCCUACGAUCUUUUAUUCGGAAACAAAUAAAUAAUAUUUUUUUGCGGUGAGUACAGUAAUCUCAUUUCUUGACACCGCAUUUAGAUUUAUAUACGAAACAGAACAGUUUAAUGGUGUCGGGGAGUUGCUUGAAAUUUUGGGUAGCAUAAUAAACGGCUUUGCCUUGCCUUUGAAAUCUGAACACACCCGAUUCUUAAUCAAGGUGCUUAUCCCCCUUCAUAAGGCCAGGUCUCUGGGUAUGUUUCACGCCCAGGUACGUUCACCAUUGCAUUCACACUUGCUCUACGAAAUGUCAUGUCUUCUGUUUCAUGCGGUCUACUUUGUAUAUUUCUUAUUAGUUGCGUAGGAAUCGUGUUUAAGAUUGCUGUAUCCAAAGUUCUGUCACUGCCUCUGUAGCUUCUGUUUGUGCCUUUUUAGUGUGGGUUUGCCUGUAACCCUCUCGAAAUUGGCACUGACGGCUUACUGAAUAUGACCUAGUUAUAGUAUGUGCGUUCCUCUUUCAGUAACCACUCCUGUGAUUGAAGACUAUUUCGACAGUACUUUAGUGUCUCUUGAUGUUUCUUUUGGAUUUUCGUUUACCUUCAAUAAUUAUUGCCUGUUUUUUAAAGUCGUCUGACUUGUGAACCACACGUAGCGUAUCUGUGUGCAAAGUGCUUAGUAAACUUGCUGCCCCCUUUUUGUGGAGUUUGUAGCAGAAUACACUUUACAUAGCAGUGUUAUACUUGAUUAAGAAUUGCUAGUAACUUUCAAGACAUCAGGCUUAGUGAAAGGUUUUGUUUUUCGACGCCCUCUCAAUUUCUCUGAAACUUGAAUUGCGUGUUCGCACCUACGCUUUUAAUAAUAUAAAACCCUCUUUUUCAAGCUGGCUUAUUGCGUCGUCCAGUUCCUUGAAAAGGAUUACAGCCUGACAGAAGAAGUUGUUAAAGGACUUCUUAAGUUCUGGCCAAAGACGUAUUCUCAGAAGGAGGUCAUGUUCCUUGGAGAGAUCGAGGAAAUUCUGGACAUAAUCGAUCCAAAUCAGUUUAAGAAGAUUAUGGUGCCGCUUUUCCGACAAAUAGCAAAAUCUGUCUCAAGUUCUCAUUUUCAGGUAAUGCGAUCUUGUCUUGUAUAUACACUCUUUGUCUUCCAGAAACUGUGUCCGAAGUUACUGACGUUUUGAGCAAUAAUCCCCCUCUCGAUCAUUACUGUUAAUCUAGGUUCGUGGCUGUUCACUCUUGUUCAUCACUAACCUCACCUCUGUGACCUGAAUAGGACGCAGUAGAAAAUUAGGAACAGUUUAUUGCAGCCAUGUCUUGGAAGUGCAGUAAAGGACACGAAUGACACUACUACAUGCGGAAAUAGGAAGUCUUCAAUGUAGUCGCAAGAACCCUUCAAAUUGUUUCUCACUCGUCCAUUAUUUUGACUUUUUUGCCAAUUCGACAAACUGACUAUCAGUUGUGUCUUUUAAAAGGUAUGCAUAAGCCUUGUUAUAUUGUUUUUGCCCGUUGUCUUAGGCAAUGUCUUUCACCAAUGACAGGGCUACUAAAGUGCCGACGGCUUGUCAGGCUGAUUACUGCAUAAAAUGUCAGAGUUAGACGACUGCACUUAGACACAGUACUCACGACUGACCUUUAAGUAAGACCUUGUUGCCUUCGCUCACAAAGUCCAUUUUCACCAAACGGAUCACGAAAUGUAAUAUAUGCCAAGUCCCUGGAUUUUCGAGAACUACAAGCGUAUCUAUGUAAGCUGUAUGGUGCUGUGAAUCGGAAAAAUGGAGUCUACUGUAUUGGAAAAGCCAGCUGUCAGUCGACGCACUCGGGUAUGUGUCUCACCGCCCAGCGUAAUGACUACAGUUUAGCGGGACCCAUCCCAGUAUAAUCAGUACGAGGACGACACCAAUUUUGACAAGAUGCUUUCUGGAAACAGCUAAUGUCUAAAACAACCUUUAUUUCACAACCCGAAGAAACGAUCUUACUGCCUUGUUUCGACGGACGCCCUAAGCUUUCACACCAGCCAGUACUUAAUCGUUUGGUAACUAAGACAUGAUUUGCGGAUCUAUUCACAAGCAUGCCACAUACAUUACUCAUCAAGAGUCGUACAAAAGCAAGCUUUUUGGGUGGUUCGAAGUACACAACCCUCGCGGUUGGUGUCACAACACUUGAUUUGGGGAUUUACCUUACGCAUAUGUCAAAGGCAGUUUGCUUUUACAUGCUUCGUUGAUUAGAACAGGAAUAGUGUCUUAUUAGUGGCAGGCUUGUUUCUGGUCAGUACCGUUAAUUUAGACUAGUUGUAAUGCAAUCAACAUUAACUAGGGACUGCUAGAUUAUGGUAAUAUACCGUCCACUGAAUUCAAUUAAAAUUUGCAGAUUAGCCUUGUCUGCAAGGAAUUCCAACAAUUUUUAGCUCUAGUCUUGACUGCCGAUUCUUCUAAAUCUUCCCGCGGAAAAGUUGGACAGAAGGCUUGAAUCUUAAUCCACUGUUAGAAAGUGGAGCGGCGCGCGAAUCCACUUUCAAGACUCAUUGGUUUUCAAUGUGCGACCUGCAGCCACUGCGUAGUUUGUAGUCAAACGCAUACCCAGUCGGAGUUAUUCUUCUUAUGUUGAGUCGUUGUAGUCCUGCAUACAAUUUCUCGUUGACUGAAACGAAGGUUGGCUGACGGCUAAACCUGGCUAUUUUGCGAGCACCCCGUUUUAUAGUCCAAAGUUACCUGUCCCAUGUCAAGACGCGUCACUUGACAACUUUUUAAAUGUGUUUGAUUUAUUCUUGCCAAUUUAUGGGAUCAUCAAAGCCUGCCAUGGAAAAGCCUGGCAACAGGUCGUUUUGCGAAGUCAUGUUCCCCCGCUCUCGUGCCAGCCCCUAUUGCGAUUUUAACGUACUUUUGCAUAGUUAUUCGCUUAGGACGUCGUUUUUAUGCUCUUCUGGACCACCUCACAUUCAGAUCCCCUGGUCUUACUCCACGCCCUGCGAAGGUAGACAGAGUUAACACAGCCAAUAUGACGGCCACAUUCCCACUCUUUAUUAGACAUCAUGCCGUGUUCCAUGUGGCGCAUUUGCGUUAAUGCAACUCAUGGCUUCCUUUGAAAACUUGUCCUUCAGCCAUCAGAAAGACAUGACCGACAGAAUAGGGUAUCAGGAGAUUAAGUAAAGAAGCAGUUUGCCUUCUGACGGCCAUGAACCACGUACCUCCCGAUUAUACAAAGCGCUCUAACUACUGAACUACAGCCUUCAAAUCCGAGUUGUGUGAAUUAGCCGGUUUUUUAGUUUUUUUUGGCUGCAAUUGAUGUUGCUGUUUUUCUUUCAAUACAAAUACUACUCCAAAAAGCCUAUGUUGUGCUUAAUCAGUCACAGGUACCUUGAAAUCGUCUGAAAUGGUGAAAAUGGCAAGUCAGCCAACAGAUUAAGUAGCUGGGAGACUCGAACAACUGGAAAACAGAUAGCUUCUGCAGUUGAAAUCUGCUACAACUUCGGGGAACUUACCACUAUCCCUGUCUGCGACUUCCUGUAGUUACUCUGUUUCGAAAGCCGAGUUUCGUUUUUGCAUAAAUUUUCAAGUCAUCCAACAAACAUAACUCCAACAUGUGUACUUUGUUUGCCUGUAGCUUGGCCGCUUUGCUGUUUGUGUGCUUUGAUUUUUGGCUCUUCAGUCGGGGGCUGAUUUUCAACAAUAAACUAAGAUUAAUGGGGAUUGCUUUUGCCGGUUUCCUGCUCGCGAAGGUCGAAAUGCCUGCUCCUUCGCGUAGUUUUUGUUGUGAAGUCCUUGUUUUAAACGUCUUUUUACCCCUAACAAGGGCAGAAUGAUAUCUCAAGCAGCAUCCUACCCUUUCUGUUAUUGCUUCUCCAUUAACUCCAUGAUAAGUUUAUUUAUGGUAGAACGACGCUCACCGAUCGUUUUUACAAAACUCACUCCUUCCGGGCUCUCUCGAGUCCAACCAGCAGCCUCGGGUGUCCCACACUUCGGGCUUGGGUAUGACUGGCUGACGACGGCUAACAAGCCAGAAAUGACCAUUCCAGUCUCCCUUGUCUUUGUUGGUAACACCAGGUUUAUUUAUGUUAAGCGGUGAUUAUUAAAUAGAAACUCGGAACCCAGAAGUCCCUUCUUGAACAUAACUAGAUAAUUAACAGUUGAUUAACUAGUGGAGUUUCCUACCUUCCCUCGUCUUCUGGGCCAGAAAUGCUUCCAAGUUAUGCGUUGUAACAUCCUGAAACUCGAACUAAGUAGUUGUUGAGCUCCUACGGUGUAGGUCAUUCUGGUUGCAAAGUUUCAGCUAUGUAGUGCUGUUUGGGUGUAUUUAAGUCCCAGAAACAGCUGCCUGCACACUUUAAGUCAUGGUUUGGCAAAAUUGUGGUGGUCUUCAUAAACGUGCCUCGACGGUUGGACUCUUUGGGGCUGCCUAUUGUCAAUUCACUGAUCUGUAACUUGCAGGAGCUUUCAAUGCAACCUUCUUUGUAAUCAUUCAACUGUCAUGGUAUCCCUUAUAAAUCUGCACACCUUCACGUGACUGAACACCUAGGUUUUCACCACUUGUUCUUUUGCAUACACACCCCUGUACGACUAGACUUGCAACUGACAAGCACCGUGGUAUUUUAACUGGCAAAUCCAUGUUGCGCCACAGCAAGGCCAUUCAGACAUUUUGCGGCCUAGUAUUACGUAGGCGCAACAGUCCACUUUCUGACGUAUUAACCCGCAAAUUGAUUAAAUUAAUUAGGCCAAAAUAAUUGACUUAUGCAAUCUUAAAGAAAACGUCGUAAAGAACUUAGCGAAAUUCUGGAAAAUGUCGUUAAAUACAUGACUGAGUUGUCUAUAAAUCAAAUAACGCACUCCCAUCCAAAAUGUUAUUUAGGGUCGGGAACUACUUAGUCAGGAUUGUGUCCUUGAUAUUGAGUACUGAAACGUGCUUCCGUUCUACGGACAAGGUACUUGGGGUGUGACAGCGCCUACUACAGUGUGAAUGGUGGCCGUCUAUCUGAAGUUCCAGACUCGCACGCUUACCUGUAGGAAGUCGCGAUCUCUGGUCAGCUUUUUUCCCCCACUAUAGCAGCUUUGCUCACAAAGAUGUACUUCGCCGUGGUACUAGACCUAAACGGGUCCAGUUCCUUUGGCACGCACUACUUAAAAGCGCUGAGGUCGCGUCAACAACCCGUCCGAUUUAGUCUACAGUUGGUUUGACUCGGACUUGCCAAGCCAGCUAUUCGUUCAUGCCCAUUCCAUGGCGUCUUGGCUGUCUCAAGAUUGAAAAAUGGAGAUUUUUGAAGGAGUGCGGUAAAUGCCGCCCGAGCCUGUUUCACCAUAAAUAUUCGCUCGCAGGUCACCGUUGCACCUCGGGCCAUCGGUGGUUCUCGUCGCCUGUGAUGGACAAACAAAAUACCACUGUGGCGGUCACCGGAUUCUUCCAAUAGGCCAGAUGUAACCAUCGUCCUAUCAGAAUGCGUACGAGGCAUUUAUUGUUUAGCCUCCAAGCACUGACCACCUGCCACAACCAAAAGGACACCGUCAAUGCCUCUGUCGUAUUUAUAUAAACUCUCUUAUCUUAGUCAGAGCUAUGUUCUUUCAGACACAGGUAGAUCAGCAAACUCGCGAUCUUAUCUGCUCGUCUUUGUUUGCGACUGGCAUAAUAAAUGCUGAACAGGCUCCCCUUGCGACCUCCAAAUUGACAGCGCUGGUUUGAAAUUCGACACCAAAAAUCUUUUACCAAAAUUUUUUGCCACGAACAUGCUUGCACCGUUGUUGCACACGGCUACUGACAGAAUUCGAGCGACUGGUCAGCUUCCACUCAGACUGACUGGGUCAUAAUCGUGUAGAGGAUACGCAUUUGGACGCGUGAAGGCAUGCUUUUGCCAAAUCUGCGAAGCCUCCUGUUCACGUCACGUUCUAGCAAGCACUUAUGCACUUCCUUUGACCGCACACGGAAAGGCCUUGCAUUGGCGGGUUAAAUGUCCUAAAAUUACAGUAUUUCAGUCCUGAAGAUGUCAGUCCGAUCUCACUGUGUAGCUCGAAAUAAGGGACCAACAGCAAGCAGUCGUUGCUGAGGUCAGUAGCCCGCCAAGCAGCUAGGUCUAUUCACAAAACCGUAGUGUUGCUUGCCCAGAACUUAAGAUUAAGUUUCUCAAUUAUUAUUUCUUCCACCGCUUCCACCAAGUAAUCAAGAACAAACGGCCAGCGUUGACGACACUUAACAUUCCGCCAAAUUGUCCGCGAUGUUAACAGCCAACUUCUCGUUCUGGCGACCAUUAACGAUAUAAAUGACAAUCUUUUCGUUGACGUGAACGCCCUUGACAGCCAGAUUUUGACGUCAAGCCUGCUUUUUUGCCUGCACAACUUAUGAAGUAUAUCGUGUCGGUCCCUCUUCAGGAGGAAAUGAUCACUGUAAGGCGAAGGCUGCACAGUAACGGAACGUUCGCGACUGAUGUCGGGGAUCCUUGUACUGGUUCUGUAUAUUCCUGUCUCUGAACGAACGUGGACAGGCGACAUCAAACCGAGCAAAUCUGGCUCGGCCAGUAUUAUGUGCGUCGUAAAUAAAGGGAGACCGGGUUAAAUGUAACACUCACCGCAGCAUGUGUAAUCAACAUCCCACGAGGUUCCUUACUGCCUUGAUUCACUGACGGUUCCGGUGUGCGCGUGCUGCCAGAUAAGACGCACCAAGCCAAAUUCAGCUUCUUUCGUGACUGCUAACCACCUUGCACUUCGACACGCCUUCAAACUGCGUUGCAUACGACAACAGUCAUUUGUUUCAUAAUUUCCUUUGCGACCUUUGACUCUGUUCGUCCAAAAUGCAUGCGACAGAUAGUAGAGAUAAACGGCUAAUGUGAUCAGGACAUACCGUCUAACCUGUCCGAUUUUUUACCGACUGAUAUAUGAUCGGCUAUUCGGGACGAACGCAUUUUCCAUUCUGUAGGGACUACAUCAUUGAAGUCCUUGUCCCUCUUCAGGCGUCGGACUGGCACCUGGAUACCAGCUGCCCAAUCUCGAUUGCACGGGCGCGAUGUAUUUGGUCACGACGGCAUACAGACUAUUCCCCUACGUAAAUGAGAUCGCCGAAUUAAUUGGUUUAUCCGCCAAUACUGUGUCAAUGAUUUUCUACCCGCCUCCUCCUAGAUGUUGUUAUUUUGGAUUGUCAGCAUGUUGGUAAAUAAAGCGGCUAUUGACGACGUCUAACAAGUGCGUACUGCCUGCAGAGUGGCUAAUAUCACGUCCCCCGUCCUCCACACACUUGCAUGCGCAAGAUGGGUCAUUGAUGAAUUUCGCGAAAAGUUUAUUCCUCAUCAAUGGCUAACGCUUCACUGUCAGGGCUUUCUCGAGAAAAAAUUUGAUUGGUGUCUUAGCCGAGACCGAUGAAGAUUUUGUAGAAGUUGAAACCCUUAUCGACGGUUGCCAAUGGAGCGUUGCCCACUUCGUCAUCUGUGGGUGUCGGAUCGUCUUCAGUUAGCCUAACAAAACCUCUUACCUCUGGGCUCAUCGACUGGUGACGUCAGCAUGGCCCAUAUCCCAGAAAAAAUGCGUUAGAUGAGCGUUGCCGUGCUAUUGCUCCAUUUGGUCAAAUUACGGUGUGCCACUUCGGAUUCGAAAGUGUCUUAACCCUAGAAAAAUCAGUUAAGGGGACCAUACUUUGCCCUGGUGACAACACAAAUGCUUUCUGAAGUCGGUGUUUUGCUAAAGUUCCACUUGCAUGUGUAUAUAUCCUUUUCUCUAGGUUGCCGAGCGCGCCUUAUACUACUGGAACAAUGAGUAUCUCGUGUCCCUUAUUGAAGAGAACAACGAAGUCCUGCUACCAAUCCUUUUCCCUUCCUUUUACCGCAUUUCUCGUGAGCACUGGAAUCAGACCAUUGUUGCUCUAGUUUACAACGUUCUAAAGACUUUCAUGGAGAUGAAUCCGGUGCUGUUUGAUGAACUUACAAAGAACUACAAAGCAGAGCGACAAAAGUAAGUGCACCUCUUUGUUUCUGUCUGAAAUUCUGUCGUUCUUUGGAUGCUUUCGAGUUCCAAUAAGACGCAUAUUACGCGCCUGCGUAUCAGAAUCGAGUGAAACCAAACAAUUUUCUAUGCAUAACUGGAGAUACUUCACCUCCCUGUUUUUGAGAAACGAAGAUAGCUGUCCGUGUUUAUGCGUUUGUAGCUACGACAUGCAAGCUCUAUAAGCGACAUGCUUUGUCCUGUUACAUUGAAGAUCACGCGUCUGGUCAAAAAAGAAUUCUACCACAUAAUAAACACCUUCAAGACACUGAAGGAGGAGUUAAAUUCUCUGGAACAAUCCGAAGUCCUUACUUUAUUUAUUGAAUUCGGCGCCCCGGUUUGAUCGUUGCGUGGCACACCCAUCUGAGGUAUCUGCUUAUGUCGAGUUUCCUGUAAUUUGUCCCCCAUGUGCAAAAGUGUGGCUUACUCAAUAAUUUGCUCACUACAUAUUUAUGAGCAUCUUAAUCAGUUUUCCGUCAUUUACGCCGACAGGUCCUAACAACUCUUACUGCAUAUUUCAGAGUUUCAUAUAAUAAGACGUCUAUUUCGUUACAAUGUUUUUGCUUGGGGGUUUGAAGCGUUGCUGGCUUAUAGAUGUACAGUCGAUCUGUGGGCACUCCGUUAAAUCCAGUGGACACGCCGGCCAAUGCAAAAUCUUAUUUUGGGAUUAUGUGAUUAAAGAAAAUGUCCCCUCGCACCGUCCUGUUAGAACCACAUGCUUGCAGGGCUAGCCUAUUCAGCCUCGGCUUGAUAGCAGCUGCUAUUGACUUGAUUAGCUAAAGUGACGUGGAUAGACAAGGCCAGAUGGCUAUGCCUGGACUUGGUCAACAGCAUUUAGCACAAUCGGUCUCCUGCCUCAGAAGGUCAGACCUGUGUUUGGGAUCGCCGUUAAUCGUGACUUAGUGGUAAAGUCAGUGUUCUUCAGCAUUUUUUGUUUGCCGCAAUCCCGAUUGUGAUUACAAUUGCACAUUUAAAAAGCAGUCCGUACGCAGCCGUCCAACCAACUUCUAAAUUUGGGUAACAUUUAAAACUAAGGACACUUUAGUGAGGCCCACGGACCACCAUACGAAGUAAACCUCGCUUCUUUGACCCCAGUCCAAACGAAGCGCCAGAAGUUCUUCCCACCCCACUACAUUCGGACAAUAUUUCCAUUUUACUCAUGCUUCUGCACUGUAGAUAAUUAAAGUCACAGUGUCAGGAUUAUGUCCGUUUGCGUUACGAUCCCGGAGAAGAAAGUGCUCUGUCCACCGAAUUCCAAGGGUUUAAGGUUUUACAUGGCUGCUAUGUUGUCGGUCUUUUUGCUAACAAGGGGAGGACUGUUUUGCGAAUAUGCAGAUGCGGAUUCCGUCCAGCGAUCGGGUAAAUCAGUUGACCCUACUGCCAUUUAACUGGGUACCACUGACCACAGCCUCCAGAGCAUGCGUAGGUUGCCCAAGCAACAAAAUGCCUGACUCAAAUGGUUGGUCCAUUGCCUCGGGUUCAAAUUUCUGGUCUUUCCACCCAGGCAGUGGGGAUGGCAAAUAUGGCGACAAAUGUGCUGGUAGUGGCCACUCCAGUCUGUGUUUUCUCUGUCUUUCACACGUCGCGGUUGACCCGAAGCAAUCAUCGGCCGAUGUAAAGUGGUGUCCUUGAUGUUGCAAGAUAUCGAAAGGGCAGAAUCCACGCCAUCGGAGAACUCUUUCCCUCUGUCAAAUUCGAACUGUCACACUUCAAAUUACCGUUGAUUACUGCCACAUCUACAUUAGAUGACGUGUUUUGCGAAGUAUGCGUUAAUUCACAUAAAAUUGAGGCAUACCCACAUGGAUCGACCAAAAGUCGCAACCAUCAGUGGAUGAUAUCCUGUUAAGUUAGAAAAGCACCAAAAGGAGUGUUACGUUGGCUAAAAGUCGGAAAUGCUAAGAAGUUGAAUAUUCGUGUCAAAUGAGCAAAGUUAAUUUGCAAAAGUACAUAAAGUCUUUCCACGCAAAGAACUGAGCAGAUAAAACAGUAUACGCUUCAUAAUGUCUGGGAUGACCUUUCUCGGAUAGUUUUCCAUGUAAGUAUCCCUCAAGAGUUAGUGCAAUAUGCAGCAUGGCAGCUAGUCAACUGCCUGCUGCUUGACUAUGUGUUACAAAACGGCGUUACGAGAAUCUGUCAAUUUUUCUGUUUUUGCGUUGUUCGAGGUGCAAUUGGCUGCGGUUUCCGCUUGAUUUCGCGGAUAAGGACGCCUGAGGAAUAAAAGGCUAUGUGCCGUAAGGUCAUCAGUGACAGAUACGAUUAUAAACAAAAUUGCCUGUGUAUCAAGAGGACUUUUUUGCACAAGACUUACUGUGCUCCCUCUGGCGACGGUGGAGUCCGACGAGUUUCUUGGUAUCUCUCAGAUGUCAGCAAGUACCCUGCUGUUUUCCGCUUUCUCAAUCCUCUGUCCGAAUUGAUAGGUUCUGCGGUUUGUGCUCAUUAGAACCUUCAAAAUAAGACAGUUUCUGAAAGAUUUUGCCUAAAUAGAAAGUUUUCAAACAUUAUUUUUAUCCAGACAAUGGUUUGGAUCAUAUUAUGUAGACUGACGCAAGCACGACACCUAAUCCUCUAAUGUGACUUCGACAACCAAAACUUGCGUUGAACAUGUCCUUGACCUGUUGAAGAACUCCAAUAAGUAAUCUCCUAAAAACGCUCUUUACUAUGGUAUAUGCUGAUAAGUGUUCGCGUCAUUUAUCUUUUUUCGAAGCAAAGUCGGGGAACAAUGAAACAUUUUGCUAACCUAUGCAUUACACGACAGAUAUUUACAAUAUUUCUGCCGCAAAUAACGAAACAGCUUUUCGUUAGAACCCCUUUCGUCACAGGCAUACUUCUAGGCUCUAGCACACGAUCUUUAAACAUCAUAUAGAGUGGGCACAUAGAUAGUAAAGUUUGUUUCAAACGGCCAACGUAGUGCCCGUUCCGUAUUUGCGAACACUAGGCCACGCAACAGGUGUCUUAGCGUAUGCUCAACAGUUAAAUGACCGCUUAAUGAUAGGCUUUCUCGCGUUAGCACGUGGAAUAUCUGCACAUGUCUGGAAAUUACGUUUUUUCAGAACAAAAGUUUUCCUGUGGCGUUAUCGCGGUAUUUUAGGGCUCAGAAGUACACAGCUUUACAAACUCGAGCUGUGGAGAAAAACCUGUUUCUCUGAAAGUAGUGUGUUUAUUCACAUCUUGCCGCACCUGAUCUACGCGGACUGAAAAAUGGAAUUGCGGCGGGGGGUUUGAUAAAUCUCUAUAGCCUAGAUUAAUGUCUAUUAGAAACAUGCACCAAUACGCAGACGUAAUCUAAAACCGCUAUUGACUUUGAAAAUCGCCUGAUUAUAAGAUAGCCUUGAUUUCCACUCAAAAUCGUAAAUUCUUCGGUUAACAGAAACAUUCUGUGCGAGAAAAAGACUUUCGGAACGCGUUAGGAGAACAAGUAAAAUACACAUCGUUCAGGCUGCCCUAAACUGAUCAUCUGGAUUACGGUCAUCAAGUUUCAUAAACUGCCUCACCUACUGUAAGGUACCAGCGGUCGCUGCCUGCUGUACGAACUUUGAGUCCGUCUGUUUGGGUGUAUCUCGAAUUCUUAAGUCUACGUACUAGUCCAAGUGCAUCUUCUGCGAUGACCUUGAAAAUAAUUCAUUUUUUGAUCACCUUGGCUGCUGUUACACUCGUUAGGCCAUACCACGCCAUAUCUCUGCAAAGGUACUCGUGGGCACUGUAAUGUGUUCAGUGUAGUCCAUGUUCACACUAGACAGACUACAGCGAAUAAUUUGUCAAAACAUGCUGAAGAACCAAGGAAGCCGUGAUAUACCACUCAUUCGGGUUUUUGCCUUUGUUGGAUUUAAUCACAGCACUUUUCUUGGUAUGCCAUCGUACAGCAUAGUCGAUCACAAAAGGGUCCAACGGGUAAGGUAAUAUGUGGCGGUAGAAUCGUACAAAACAAAGGACACUGUGCUGCCGAUGUCAACGGCUCUAUUCAAAGGCCUGACGAAGCCAGGAGUGCAUAUCCACACUGGCUUGGCCCUGACCACAAACAGCGUCGACUUCCCCCGUGCGUGUUUGAUGGGGAACCACCACCUGACCGUGGUUAACUGCCCAAUCCCCGCCCUCCUUUCGCCUGACGCACAGGUUUCUCACACUGAUCGAAUCAGACUUCAGGCACUUGCAUAUUCAUGUCCUUAAGAGUUGCUCUAAGAGGCAUUUUAAAAGUUAUCAUAGUCAGUCGUGUUAGGAGUUAAUUUUUAAGCCACAACUCUAGAGUGCCGUGACAAUUCGAUCCGUUGUAUUCACUGCACACGCGUCAACUUCCUGCUGGUCUCACCGCACUUCACCUAAACAAUGCGUUUGUCGUAAAUAUGGGCCUCGAAAAGCGUGGGUCGUAGAAUGACUCUUGUAUCCCAGGACAAAGGUGCAUGGUCGCUCGUGUACUGGUAAUCCCAAUUUCCCCACGUAUUUGCACUUGUUUUUUUGCAGAGAGCGGCGGAGAGAAAAGGAACGAGAUGAUCUCUGGAGGAAGCUCGAGCAACUGAACGUUACCGGUGCAGGUGACGACAACAGUGCCCCUGGGCUUUUAGAAAAUUCUGUAGACUCGACACCACCAAACAACGACCUUGUGAAUUCCUCAUCCCCUCUUCAGCAGGUUAUGACUACAAAAGUCUGA